UCCACCAGCGCGUCGCUUCGGGUACGGAGCGGCCGGAGUGCGUGCCAGUUGCUCGUCAGGCUUCUCGGAAAGCGGGGUUCCUGCUUCGCCGCUCUUCGUGCUGCAGUGAGGAAGGUCCAGAGGCCAUUUCGCUCCGCAGAGGAGAGUCGCACUCCGACAGGCGACGUUAUCGCUCGUGACGGACAGAGACUAGCUGGAUGUUUAUCAACACGCCGUACGGCGGCUCCAGUGAAACCUCCGUUAGCUACUAAAGUCGCCGGGGUUAGCCGGGAGCCGAAUAGGCGCUCCACGUCUCGCCAGGGGUUUUGUAUGGGCGUUUAAGGUCCGCCUCGGCCCGUGGAAAUUAAAUAAAAUCCGUGGUGCGAUCCGGUGUAACCGAAGGGGCCCUCUUUUGCGCACUUAGCCCCGGGCCCAAGUGAAAACACACCGACAGGCAGCUGCUGCGCUUCGCUCACUAACGCUGUGAAUGGUAGUGUCUAGAAAGGGUAUGUCCCUUCAGGAGAGAGGUGCCAAUGUCCAACCGGCCUAAUUCCAAUCCAGGGGGGUCACUGCGACGUUCACAGAGGAACAGUGCUGCGGCCCAGCCACACGACGACUCAGUCGCAGGAAGGUUGCAGUCAGAGCAGGUAAAACGUAAAGCAAAUUCCCCUCCUGAAAGUAGAAGACCUAUUUCUAAGGCUUCAAAAGCCCAACCCACAGGGCACCGCUCAAGAAGAAGCGGCCUUCCGCUGUCAGUGGCUUCGUUCGUACUGCAGGACGACUUGGUUGGUGCGGGGACAUCAGAAGCAGAGAGGGCCGGCCAGGCUAAAAGAGAGGGCACCCGUGGAGUGAAGCGCGGCUCGGCCCCAGAGCAGAACAGCUCUUACUCAGCCAGCCCUGCUAAAAAGCCCAAAGCGCUUGUGGCCCCAGACGCCUGCCCUGAGGCCAGACGGACAUCGGCGAAACCUAAGAAGAGGCGCUUGGUGCUAGAGCAGCCCGUCUCAGGCAGCCGGGCCCUGAACAGGAAGAGUGGAGCGGCCGGGGCGUCCCCGACCCAGAAACGGAAAAGGGCGGACGCUUCCUCGGGUUCUCUCCCCGCUGGUACCGAGGCCAAGUCCGCAAAACCCACCAAGCUGGCUUCUAAACCGGCCGCCUCAGCCAGAGCUGGGUGCAGCACUGUAACGGACACCUCCUCUUCUGCCUCCUCUUCCUCCUCCUCUUCUUCCACCGGACCCCCCGGCACCGCAGCCCAGGGUGCGCGGCUUAAGCAGGGGAAGGACCAGAGCAAAGCCCGGCGUUCCCGCUCAGCCUCUAGCCCCAGUCCACGGCGCAGCAGCCGGGACAAGGAGCCGCCCAAGCCCCCCGGUACCUCCAAGUUUGAGUGGGCUGCCCGCUUCAGCCCCAAGGUCAACCUGCCGAAGCCCAAGCUGUCUCUGCCCGGGUCCUCCAAGCCAGAGACGUCGAAGCCCGGCCCCUCAGGGCUGCAGGCCAAGCUAGCUAGUUUAAGGAAGUCCACGAAGAAGCGCAGCGAAUCACCCCCAGCGGAGCUCCCCAGCUUCCGGCGGAGCGCACGGCAGAAGACCACGGGCUCCUGUGCCAGUACCAGUCGGCGAGGCUCAGGCCUGGGCAAGCGCGGGGCGGGCGACGCGCGCCGACAGGAGAAGAUGGCCGACGCCGACAACAAUCAGGAUGGGGCCAACCCUUCGAGCGCACGCACCGACGAGGUCCCGCAAGGAGCCUCCGCCUCCAGCUCAGUGGCCGGAGCAGUGGGUAUGACCACGUCGGGGGAGAGCGAAUCUGACGACUCGGAAAUGGGCCGCUUGCAGGCUCUCCUGGAGGCCAGGGGCCUUCCUCCACACCUGUUUGGGCCCUUGGGGCCCCGUGUGUCCCAGCUGUUCCACAGGACGAUAGGCAGUGGAGCCAGCUCCAAAGCCCAGCAGCUGCUCCAGGGUCUGCAGGCCACGGGGGACGAGUCCCAGCAGCUGCAAGCAGCCAUUGAGAUGUGCCAGCUUCUGGUGAUGGGCAACGAGGAGACGCUGGGGGGCUUCCCAGUGAAGAGCGUGGUGCCUGCAUUGGUGAGUGUCUCCCCCGACUUCUCGGGAGUGUCUGUCUCGCAUACCCUGACGCUGUCCUUUGUCCUGCAGAUCACCCUGCUGCAGAUGGAGCAUAACUUUGACAUCAUGAACCACGCGUCACGGGCCCUGACCUACAUGAUGGAAGCGCUGCCGCGCUCCUCAGCCGUCGUCGUGGAUGCUAUCCCGGUCUUCCUCGAGAAGCUGCAGGUGAUCCAGUUCAUCGACGUGGCGGAGCAGGCCCUGACGGCGCUGGAGAUGCUGUCGCGGCGACACAGUAAAGCCAUCCUGCAGGCUGGUGGGCUGGCCGACUGCCUGCUUUACCUUGAGUUCUUCAGCAUCAAUGCCCAGAGGAACGCUCUCGCCAUAGCUGCUAACUGCUGCCAGAACAUCACGCCCGACGAGUUUCACUUCGUGUCCGACUCGUUGCCCCUGCUUACACAGCGGCUAACGCAUCAGGAUAAAAAGUCUGUUGAAAGUACUUGUCUCUGCUUCGCCAGGCUUGUGGACAAUUUCCAAAAUGAAGAGAACCUCCUGCUGCAGGUGGCGUCCCGUGACCUGCUGACCAACAUUCAGCAGCUGCUGGUGGUGACUCCUCCUGUGUUGAGCUCGGGGAUGUUCAUCAUGGUGGUCCGCAUGUUCUCACUCAUGUGUUCCAACUGCCCCUGUCUGGCUGUGCAGCUCAUGAGGCAAAAUAUCGCAGAGACCCUCCGUUUCCUCCUGUGCGGAGCAGCAAACAAUAGCUGCCAAGAGCAGAUUGACUUGGUCCCCCGGAGCCCGCAGGAGCUGUACGAGCUCACUUCUCUCAUAUGUGAGCUGAUGCCCUGCCUGCCCAGAGAGGGCAUCUUCGCAGUGGACACCAUGCUGAAGAAGGGCAGUGCCCAAACCACUGAGGGAGCCGUCUGGCAGUGGAGGGAUGACCGAGGCCUGUGGCACCCCUACAACCGCAUAGACAGCCGCAUCAUUGAGACGGCACACCAGAAUGGUGAAGACGAGAUCAGCCUGUCCACCCUGGGCCGUGUUUAUACCAUCGACUUUAACUCCAUGCAGCAGAUCAAUGAGGACACGGGCACAGCACGGGGCAUUCAGAGGAAACCCAGCCCCCUGGCCAACCCCAGCUCUGGUGGGCAUACGGAGCUCAGGAAGGACGACGCCCGGGCAGUGCUGAUGAGGGAGGACCCCGAGUUGGCCCGCUGCUUCAUCAAGACGCUGUUCGGGGUGCUCUACGAGGUGUACAGCUCCUCGGCCGGUCCCGCCGUCAGACACAAGUGCCUUCGAGCCAUUCUUAGGAUUAUUUACUUUGCCGAUGCUGAGCUGCUGAAGGAUGUGCUGAAAAACCAUGCAGUGUCCAGCCACAUUGCGUCUAUGCUGUCCAGUCAGGACCUUAAGAUUGUAGUUGGAGCUCUGCAAAUGGCAGAGAUUCUGAUGCAGAAACUUCCAGAUGUGUUCAGUGUUUACUUCAGAAGGGAAGGUGUAAUGCACCAAGUUAAAAACCUGGCCGAAUCUGAGACGUUCCUCACCAGUCCGCCAAAGGCCUGCUCUAGUGGUUCUGCAAACCUCUGUACCACCAUCAGCACUGGCACCACAGCCAGUAGCGCCACGCCCGACCUGGGCUCGCCCAGCUUCCAGCACAGCAUGGAAGAUUCCCUGGACCUGAGUCCGCAGGGGAGGCUAAGCGACGUAUUGAAGAGGAAGCGGUUGCCUAAGCGAGGACCUCGGAGACCCAAAUACUCUCCACCCAGGGAUGAUGAUAAAGUUGACAAUCAGGUGUUUCUCUCCCCAGCUAAGAGUCCCACUGCCACACAGUCUCCAAAAUCCUCAUUCUUGGCCAGCCUGAACCCCAAGACCUGGGGUAAGCUUGGCGCCCAGAGCAACAGCACAGGGGCGGAGCCCCCUCGGCAGCCAGGGGCCAGUGGGCUGCCUCGGCCCACCCCCAAGGACACGGUCUCCAACAACCGGGAGAAGAUCAAGGCCUGGAUUAAGGAGCAGGCCAGUAAGUUUGUGGAAUGCCACUUCAGCUCUGAGAACGUGGACUGUAGCAACCCCGCGUUGAAUGUCCUUCAGAGGCUCUGCUCGGCAACGGAGCAGCUCAACCUGCAGGUGGACGGAGGGAUCGAGUGCCUUGUGGAGAUCUGCAGCAUUGUGUCCGAGUCGGAUGUCUCCUCGUUCGAGAUCCAGCACAGCGGAUUCGUAAAACAGCUGUUGCUGUACUUGACCUCCAACAGCGACAGGGAUGCCGUUACCCGGGACGUCCGGCUCAAGCGCUUCCUGCACGUGUUUUUUGGCUGUCCGGUAAGCACACAGCCAUGGACGUCUUAUCUGAAUAGCAGCAUGUUGGAAGUUCCGGGCAUGGAGCCCGUGGGUCGCCUGGACCCCGCUGAGAAUGGCUCACUGCUGGCACUGGUCCACAAGAUGAAUAGCUGCUUGAGUCAGAUGGAGCAGUUUCCCGUCAAAGUGCACGACUUCCCCAGUGGCAAUGGAACCGGCAGCAGAGGAUCUCAGGCUCUGAAGUUCUUCAACACGCACCAGCUGAAGUGCCAACUGCAGCGGCACCCCGACUGUACCAACGUGAAGCAGUGGAAGGGCGGCCCUGUCAAGAUCGACCCCCUGGCGCUGGUGCAGGCUAUCGAGAGAUACCUUGUCGUCCGAGGCUACGGGCGCAUUCGCGAGGAGGACGAGGACAGCGACGACGAUGGGUCCGACGACGAAAUCGACGAGUCGCUGGCGGCACAGUUCCUGAGCUCGGGCAGCGUGCGACAUCGCCUGCAGUUCUGCAUCGGCGAACAGCUGCUGCCCUACAGCAUGACCGUAUACCAGGCCGUGCGGCAGUUUAGCCUGCAGGCCGAGGAGGAGCGCGAGUCCACGGACGACGAGUCGAACCCCCUGGGCCGCGCUGGCAUCUGGACCAAGACGCACACCAUAUGGUACAAACCUGUGAGGGAGGAUGAGGAUGGUGGGAAGGAUGCAGUGGGGGGGAAGAGGGGUCGCGCCCAGACUGCACCCACGAAGACCUCCCCCCGCAAUGCCAAGAAGCAGGAUGAGCUGUGGCAUGAGGGCGUGUGCCCUAGUAUCUCAAACCCCCUGGAGUCGUACCUUAUCUCUGAGUGUCCGGAGAGCAUCACGUUUGAGGACCCGUCCCUGGAUGUGAUCCUGCUCCUUAGGGUCCUCCAUUCCAUCAGCAGAUACUGGUUUUACCUUUAUGAUAACGCUGUGUGCAAAGAGAUCAUCCCCACUAGCGAGUUCAUCAAUAGCAAGCUGACGGCCAAGGCCAACCGGCAGCUGCAGGACCCUUUGGUCAUUAUGACUGGAAACAUCCCCUCUUGGCUGACUGAGCUGGGCAAGACCUGCCCUUUCUUCUUCCCCUUUGACACGAGGCAGAUGCUGUUUUACGUGACGGCUUUUGACCGGGAUCGUGCGAUGCAGCGCCUAUUGGACACCAACCCUGAGAUCAACCAGUCCGACUCUCAGGACAGUCGCGUGGCUCCGCGACUCGACCGCAAGAAGCGUACUAUAAACCGAGAGGAGCUUCUCAAGCAGGCAGAGUCGGUGAUGCAGGACCUGGGAAGUUCCCGAGCAAUGCUGGAGAUCCAGUAUGAGAAUGAGGUGGGCACUGGGCUUGGCCCUACGUUGGAGUUCUAUGCCCUUGUGUCCCAAGAGCUGCAGCGUGCAGACUUGGGUCUCUGGAGAGGAGAGGAGGUCACACUGGCUAACCCCAAGGGAAGCCAGGAAGGAACCAAGUACAUCUUCAGUUCCAGAGGCCUGUUUGCUGUCCCCUUUGGUAGGACCACCAAGCCAGCACACAUGGCAAAGGUCAAAAUGAAGUUUCGUUUCCUUGGCAAGCUGAUGGCCAAGGCCAUUAUGGACUUCAGGCUGCUGGACCUGCCCCUCGGACUCCCCUUCUACAAGUGGAUGCUACGGCAUGAGUCGUCCAUCAGCUCCCACGAUCUGACGAACAUCGACCCUGCCGUCGCCAGAUCCAUCCAACACCUGGAGGACAUAAUCCGGCAGAAGAAGCAGCUUGAGCAGGACAGAUCGCACACUCGAGAGAGCCUGCAGUUGGCCCUGGAGAGUCUGAACAUGAACGGCUGCUCUGUGGAGGACCUGGGUUUGGACUUCACCCUGCCCGGCUUCCCUCACAUCGAGCUGAAGAAGGGUGGCAAAGACUUGCCUGUAACCAUCCACAACCUGGAGGAGUAUCUCAGGCUGGUCGUCUACUGGACGUUGAACGAAGGGGUCUGUCGGCAGUUUGAGUCUUUCCGAGAAGGGUUUGAGUCGGUCUUCCCUCUACAUCACUUGCAGUAUUUUUACCCUGAAGAGCUGGACCAGCUGCUGUGCGGUAGCAAGUCUGAGACAUGGGAUGUGAAGACGCUGAUGGAGUGCUGCAGGCCAGACCACGGCUAUACCCAUGACAGCCGUGCCGUCAGAUUCCUGUUUGAGGUGCUCAGCAGUUUUGAUGCAGAGCAGCAGAGACUGUUUCUACAGUUUGUUACUGGGAGCCCUAGACUGCCCGUUGGAGGAUUCCGAAGCCUCAAUCCACCGCUGACCAUAGUACGCAAAACGUUCGAGGUGACUGAGAACCCGGACGACUUCCUGCCCUCGGUCAUGACCUGUGUUAACUACCUGAAGCUGCCCGACUACUCCAGCAUGGAGAUCAUGCGGCAGAAGCUGCUGAUCGCGGCCCGCGAGGGACAGCAGUCCUUCCACCUCUCCUGAUCUCACUGUAACAUUCAAUGCCUUCUACAGCCACAGAGAAAAUCAUGCUCCUUUAGGGGUUCCCCUUUUUCCUUUUUUAUACUCCGCUACAUUCAAGGCGAUGUGUACAGCAUUUUUUUCCCUUUUUUUUUGUUUUUUUUUUUUGUUUUUGUCAGAAAGCAGCUUGCAGAUAUCGACACGCGUGCGCACACACACACACACACACAGACACACGGAUCGUGUGUUCUGCUCCCUUCUCAGACGUUACAUGACCCAUAUAAUUUAAAAUGUGUAUAAGUCUAGUAUCUUGGGUAAUGUUUAAAAAAAAAAAGUAAAGAGAAAUCUGGGGUGACGUUUUAGGGCUUUCAUUGCUGUGUGAUAUUAAAAAGGGAUCCCUUUCCACUGAAUGGUGAUUUUUGAAUGAUGAGUUCACACAAGCUCUUCCCAUUGACCAAGCUAGGCUUUCCUUGGCUCCAAAGAUCAUUUGUACAGACUUAAUUCUUCCCAUCUUGAUAGAUUAGCUUGAUCUCAUUAUUCAUUCCCUUUCAGUUGUGUCCGUUUUACAAUAUGUUCUGUAUCAUAACCCACAGCCUUUGUGUGAGUGUGUUGAAAAAGACAUCCAGUUGCCAGAUUGCAGGGAGUCAUGGGAAUGGUUUGGAGAAGGCUUUUACCAGAGUUUGUGUUCUAACCUGAAGUUGAAGUGCUUCAGCUCUGUGUUGGCGUUGAUCCACUGUCUUGGAUGAGUUGACAGUUUUUGCUUCUGUUUGCAGGAGUACUGACCGCCGAGUACAGGUCAAGGUACUCCACGCCCAUACCGUAGCUGAGCACAUUUGGCUGGUCUCAUUUUAUCUUUUGACAGCCAGAUAUCAUUUCAUUCAUUCAUUUACGGAGUAAAGUUUAUAUGCAGUUUCACACCUGGUUUGAGGUGACAUGGCUGCUUUUUUUUCUAUUUUUUUCCCCCCUUUGCUCUAGAUUUUUUUGCACUGCUGGCUUGGAACAGACUGUGUUGCGCACCUGCAGUCUUAGGCCAGCGAGGGCUGCACAGAGUUCUCCUGGCCAACCGUUCAUGUGCUGGUUUCUAAGAUCUGCAAUAAUUUACUGCAUCAGGUUCAUGUUUUUACCUGAACAUAAAUAAAGUAACUGUUUGACUCA